GGGGGCACGGCCCCGGCUCGCUCCACCGCACCGUCGGCACGGCGCCAGCCGCAGCGCUGCGGGCAGCGGGGCAGCCGCCGCUGAGAUUACAUCGGAUAUGACUAUGAGAAUAGCCUAGGAUAGCCCAAAGGAAGGACAUGAUGUCAAAAUAACAUACAAAACAUUUGUGAGGGCAAGGCCGGAAAACCAUGCAGUCAUCAGGGCACAGAUUCCGUGAUGUUGAGCACCACCCACUUCUUGCUGAAAAUGACAGCUAUGAUUCCUCUUCCUCAGAGGCUGACAUGGCAGAGGGGGUUUGGUUCAUCCGAGAUGGCUGCGGUAUGGUCUGUGCUAUAAUGACAUGGCUUCUGGUUGUCUAUGCAGACUUCGUAGUGACUUUUGUCAUGUUGCUGCCUUCCAAAGACUUUUGGUAUUCAGUGAUCAACGGUGUUCUCUUUAACUGCUUGGCAGUACUAGCUUUGUCAUCGCAUCUGAGAACGAUGCUAACUGAUCCAGGGGCUGUACCCAAAGGAAACGCCACUAAAGAAUACAUGGAUAAUUUGCAACUGAAACCAGGAGAAGUGAUCUACAAAUGUCCAAAGUGCUGUAGUAUCAAACCUGAGCGUGCACACCACUGCAGUAUUUGCAAACGAUGUAUUCGAAAGAUGGAUCACCACUGCCCAUGGGUGAAUAAUUGUGUGGGGGAGAAAAAUCAGAGGUUUUUUGUUCUGUUUACGAUGUAUACAGCCCUAAUUUCAGCUCAUGCGCUCAUACUGUGUGGUUUUCAGUUUUUCUCCUGUGUCCGAGGGCAGUGGACUGAAUGCAGUGACUUCUCCCCACCUGUAACUGUGAUCCUGAUGAUCUUCUUGUGCCUUGAGGGUUUCCUGUUUCUCACUUUCACUGCAGUCAUGUUUGGCACCCAGAUCCACUCAGUAUGGAAUGAUGAAACGGAAAUUGAAAGACUGAAGAGUGAAAAGCCAACAUGGGAGCGAAGACUACGUUGGGAAGGAAUGAAAUCUGUUUUCGGGGGUCAGCCUUCACUCCUGUGGAUCAAUCCUUUUGCAGGAUUUCGAAUCAGACGACUUCUACUGAGAACAAAGAAAGGAGGACCCGAGUUUUCUGUUUGAGUCUAAUUAUGCUGGAACUUAGGAGAAUAGUAUAUAAUACUUAUUUUGCGGCCAGAGAAGGCUGUCUACAUAUAAUCUGUGACCAGGUGAAACUGAUAUCAGACAUUUGCUUGUAGCAAGCAGAGUUUUAUACGUUUAUUGUCACAGACAUCUCAUUAACUUUCAGAGACGUGAACUGGAUCUGUAAUGGUCUUAACAGCAAGAUAACAAAGGAAAAGCACGUGGUCACACUAAAGAAGCCAAAUGUUGUCAUGCUACUGUAAUUUAUUUUGAGAUUUAAUUUUUGUUAAACCCUUUUUAUUUGAAUAAUGUUGGGGGAUUACCUGUGUGUUUUUAUAAAAAGUAUAUACUUAGGUGCAGUUGUCAAUCAUAAGGAGGAACAUUAUGCUGAAUGUUGAUCUCAAAUGAGACAUAGCCUUCAAAUUCCAGUUUUCAGGGAAAAGAAAUUUGCUCAGUUUUAAUUUUUAUUUCAGCUUGUCCUAAUAAACAGAGCUGUAUAUUUGUGUCCCACUUCAGACACACAUUCCUUAUAUGCAAGUGAUUCAAAGGACUGGUGCACCCAACAGCGUAACACAUCCGAGGCACUCUUAGACCCCUGCCAGAUGUCUUCCCAGGCUCACAAAAAAAUGUCUUGUGUUUGGCACUGUUAAUCUCUUACGACUCUAAAUCUUCAGUAAACACCACUUUUGACUAAUGGCUGUGGUCCAAAUUCUGCCCCCAGAUAUGCGUCUCCAGUUCUUAAUGCAUUGAUUCUAGAGGAACUUAAGUGUAGAUGUUUGGAGAUUGUGUCUAGUCCUCUGCAAGGAUGACUGGAACCAGUGACUGUAACCUCCUGUGUGAGAUUAAAAUGAAUGUACUGCAGAUUGGAGACAAUUCACAGAAAACAGCUGUCUUUGUAGGGUCUUGCUCAGCCCCUUUUUUUAUUGUACAGACUUUACACAGAAGGAAAGCUGUUAACUUAAUGAUCCCUUAAACAAAGACAUCAGAGGAAAGCGGAAUGUACUUUCUCAGAUGCAACAGAUCUUAAAUGUAGGAAGAUCUGCAGUCUUGGGUGACAUGGUUUACUGUGUGGUGUACCUGCCCAUGGUAGGGGACUGGAACAAGAUGAGCUUAAGGCCCUUUCCAACACUUAACUAUUCUAUGAUUUAGAAUUAACCAUUUUCCAACCACAACUAUGAAGAAAUGAGAGCAUUAUACAUCUAGAACUGCUUUAUGUGGGCCUGACAAGCAACAGUAUUGCUAAGAAAUGUUCAUAAAUUUUCACGUACUGAAAUACAACCUGCAAGUAAUGAAACUCAGCUAAAAGUGGAUUCUUUAAAAAUUACAUUUAGACUGUUUUUUUGUAUUAUUGUUAAUCUGUUCUAUAAAUAGCAAUAUAAAUUAUAAAGCAGGAGCCUUGAUGCAUAGCUUGAAAUUGUGCCUAGAAAGUAAAUAGCUCCCUGUUCUGGGACUUGCCUUAAAAUUGUCCUGUUCUUGCUUUUGCUUUGCCAGUAGCACUGACGAUCUGUCCCACCUCAAGCAGUUCAAUAUGCUGAAGAAUUUUGCAUUAUAAAGUUUACGUACUACAGAAGUUAUGAUUCAUUUUUUCAGUGACCUGCUUCUUCAUUCCUUUGUAACUGUGUCAUCUUGAUUCCAGCAUCAUCGGGUUUUAUACCAUUGGGUGGGUGAAAUUACUAAGGGAUCCAUUUCUUAUCUGUGGCCCUGCGAACAAAACAUUGCAAUGCUAUGUAAUGUGUUCACUCUGCCUGAGAGGGUUGAUGUGUGAGACUAGAGAAUUUAUAGGUGGACACAUCCAAUGAAAUUGAUUGUAAAAUGAAUAAAAUUAUGUCUCAUGUAACUGAGAGGGAAGUUCCGCAAGAAUCUUUGCAUAUUCAGUUGCACAUCUUAAAAGAUUGGGAAGGAAUGUGUCUGGCUUUUUCAUGAGGCUCUUAAUGUGUAUAUUAUUUAAUAAAAAAUCCUGAUGAAAAUCAGAAAACAUCACUUCAAGCAGUUGAACCCUGUGAUUUAGCAAGUGUGUGCGUGUGAAAUUGGGUUUAUUUGGCUUUUUGAACCCUUGUUACGUUGUAAUUUUUUUAAUGUAAAAAAAUUAAUAAAUUGAAGUCUUAGUUGAUUAAA